GCCCCUCCUCGCCCCCCUCCCGAGCCUCCGCCACCGCCCGCGCUUCUCCGAGCCCGCCGCGCUCGUCGUCCUCUCCGCCUUCUCCCGCGCGCUCAUGCCCGACGCCGCGCUCGCCGCCUUCCGCCGCCUCCCUGCCUUCCUCGGCUGCAACCCGGGCGUCCGCUCCCAUAACGCCCUCCUCGACGCUCUCGUGCGGGCCCGUCGCUUCUCUGACGCCGACGCCUUCUUCGCGUCCCUCUCUCAUGGCGCCUUCGGGCGCCGCAUUGCCCCCAACCUCCAGACUUACAACAUCAUCCUCCGCUCCCUCUGCGGACGUGGGGACCUCGACCGAGCUCUGAUGCUCUUCGACUCCCUUCGCCGCCGCGGAGUUGCUCCGGACCGCGUCACCUACUCCACUCUCAUGUCUGGGCUUGUCAAACACAGCCGCUUGGACAUGGCACUUUACCUGCUUGACGAAAUGCCGACCUAUGAAGUGCAGCCUGACGCGGUUUGUUACAAUGCAGUGCUCCGAGGGUGUUUCGGGAAUGGUGAAUUUGAGAAAGCUAUGCGGGUGUGGGAGCAGCUGGUGAGAGAUCCUGGUGCAAGUCCCAACCAAUCCACUUACAAUGCGAUGCUUGAUGGCUUGUGUAAACUUGGGAGGUUUAAGGAGGCGGGUGAGGUAUGGGAGAGGAUGAUUGCAAAUAAUCACCAAGUCGGCAUGAUUACCUAUGGGAUUCUGAUUCAUGGUUUGUGCCGGUCACGGGAUGUGGAUGGUGCAGCAAGGGUAUAUUCAGAGAUGAUCAAGACCGGGCUUGUUCCUGAUGUUGCCAUAUAUAAUUCACUCAUCAAGGGGUUCUGCCAAGCUGGGAGAGUAGGAGAGGCUUGGAAAUUCUGGGACUCUACCAGUGUUUCUGGCAUCCGUAAUGUGAUAACUUAUAAUAUAAUGCUGAAGGGGCUCUUUGAUGGUGGCAUGGUCGAUGAAGCUAGAGAAUUGUGGGAGCUAUUGGAGAAAGACACUUCGUCCUCUCCUGACAUGGUGAGUUUUGGCACUGUGAUCCAUGGGUUAUGUGAGAAAGGCUUUGCUAACAAGGCACUUCAAAUCUUAGUGGAAGCACAGACCAGUGGUAAAAAAUUAGAUGCAUUCUCAUAUUCAUCCAUGAUAAGUGGACUGUGCAAGGAUGGGAGACUAGACGAUGCAGUUAAGUUAUAUGAAAAGAUAUCUAUGGAUGGCUGCAAACUGAAUCCUCAUAUUUACAAUGCACUAAUAAAAGGGUUCUGCCAAGCAUCUAAGUUUAGUGAUGCUGUAAGAAUAUACGGUGAGAUGGCAAACAAUGGUUGUUCUCCUACUGUCAUCACUUACAACACUCUAAUAGAUGGACUAUGUAAGGCUGAAAAGUAUCAAGAUGCUUCAAGCUUUACAAAGGAAAUGUUGGAGAAAGGUUGUAAACUAGAUGUCAAUACUUAUGCUUCAUUGAUUCGUGGCCUUUGUAGAGACAAAAAGGUUGAUGCUGCCAUUGCUCUGUGGAAUCAAAUUCUUGAUAAGGGUCUUCAGGCAGAUGUCAUGAUGCACAACAUCUUAAUCCAUGGUCUUUGUUCUGCUGGGAAAGUAGAUGAAGCUUCGCGUCUUCUCUCUGAGAUGAAAGAGAAGAACAACUGCCGCCCAAACUUAGUGACCUAUAACACACUCAUGGAUGGAUUUUAUGAAAUGGGUUGUUUUGACAAAGCAGCGUCUCUGUGGACAGCUAUUUUAGAAAAUGGUUUGGUACCCGAUAUAAUUUCAUAUAAUACAAGAAUUAAGGGUCUAUGCUCCUGUCACAGAACACCCGAGGGUGUCCAAUUGUUGGAUGAGGUGCUUGCACAAGGAAUUGUACCAACAGCCAUCACAUGGAAUAUACUGGUCAGAGCUGUCAUCAAAUAUGGACCUAUUCAAAUAUGAUCGUUUAGAAUUUCUCUUGCUUCAGUGGUGAUAUAUCCUGUUCAAAGAUGACCUUAACAAAUCAGGCUAAUGGAAAUUCGACUCAGAGCACCUGAACAAACCAGGCAAGCUUUCUACAUUACCCUCGAGGCAUCUCGAUGACAUCUAAGACAGAGUAUUACCUUCUGCUAAGCUUUUGGUGGUGAUGUACCCUGUCCAUAAAUGACCUGAGCAACCAGGCAAGUGAAAGUUAGAGCAAUACCCUCCAUUUCGCCUUGGCGUUGCAAAGACGGCACUCACAAUUGUAUCAUGGAGUGUUACCAUCAGCCAAGAGCUCUUUCAUUGCUCUCUUUUCAGCCUCUGGUGGUGAUGUACCCUGUUCAUAAAUGACCUGAGGAACCAGGCGAGUGAAAAUUGGAGCGACAUCCCUCCACUUCACCUCAGAUGUUGCAAAGACUGCACUCACAAUUGUAAUGGGUUUUGACAUCAGCCCUAGGUAAAUGGUGAUUCAGAUUUUCAACAACUAUGUACACGCUACAGUGUGCACGCCAGUAGUUCACUAGCUCUUCAAAAUUGUCAGUUGUUGCGAAUUUCAUGUUAGCAUCAUCUAGUUGUUGGUUUCUAUCCCUUUUCCCCUGUUCUGUUUUUUUGUUCAGCAGUAAAUGUGCUUCUAUUUGUAUUCAUCUUGAGAACUAGAUCUCCAUCUUGUAGUCAUCACUGUUGAACUAAUGUGUAGUUGUGGCAGUUUACCUUUUUCCGACCA